AUGGACUCGUUCUUCAGCCUUUCCAACACUUCAACCGCUCAGGAAAUUAAAGCCCUUCUUUUCGAUCAGACCUCGAAUAAAGGUGAGGGACAUGAUCUGUAAUGUUUUUUAUUGACAUUUCUACUCAUUUUUAGACAUUUUGAUUUUAAUUUUUUCGGGUUUUUCGUAAAUUUUUGGAAAAAUUAUAUUACUUUAGGUGAAAGUUAUAUUAUUUUAGGGUAAAAUACGUCCUUUACUGCUAAGAGAUUUUAAGAUAAGUAGUUUCAGAUGCCAUAGACUCGCUGUUAUCGCAUUUCCCACAUUCCGAAUACGAUUUGACCACAGUGCAGUCAUUUCAAGGUCAAAAUCCCGAAACUUUUGAUGUCCUAGCGAUUGUUUCCGACUCCGCAGACUCAAGUCAACAUCUUGGACAAGCCCUUCAGCUCUUGAAACCCAAUGGACAGUUGUUUUUGGCAUUUUCAUCAUCCUCAUCAACAGAAAUUGAGAAAAAUUUGAAAUUAGCCGGUUUUGAAGGAAUUGAGACUCGAAAGGAAGACUUGACCCUAUUUGCGAAGGCCCAGAAAGCAAAUUUCAGCACCAAAUCGCAGCCGCUGAAACUGAAAAAGAAGAAAAUUGACUUGGAUUUGUUGGAAGGAGAAGGUGAAACCGUCCAAGAAGACGAGUUGUUGACCUCGGAGGACCUGAAGAAACCCAUCCAGCCCACUUGCACUCCCACCAACGGCGAAAAGAAGAAGCGCGCCUGCAAGAAUUGCACUUGCGGCCUGGCCGAACAGGAAGCCGCCGAAGUCGCCGCCUCAGGCGCUGGAAUAAAAAGUAGUUGUGGAAAUGUAAGCAAUAGUAAUUUACUGGGGUUAUGGGAUUAUUUGAUUGGUUCAAAUGGAGAUUUGAACCGGCUUUCGUGUUUUAAAAUACGUGCCUUUGAGUUUGCACGGUGCGGCGGAAAUUUUGUUCGGAUUGCACUGUGCGGAGAGGAGAGAUGCGUAAAGUAGAUGGAUAUAUUGGAAGAGUAGGCUAGAAAAAAUAAUAUGGUUUUUAUUUUCUGGUCGAAAUUGUGAUCCGCACGGUGCAAUAGCGGUUUUAAGGAAUCUGCACUGUGCAGUCGAAUCUUUGGAAGAAUUGCACUGUGCGGAGCAGAGAGAUGGUUCAAAUAGAUGGUUAGGUUGGAAAAGUAGGCUAGAAAAAAUAAUAUGGUUUUUACUUUUUGGUCGAAAAAAAUGUUCCGCACGGUGAAGGAGCGAUUUUAAGGAAUCUGCACUGUGCGGCGGGAUUAAUCCAAAAAACUGCACUGUGCAAAAGGUAGUCGGGAGUGUAGGGAUUGUAAUAAAUACUGUGAGAAGUAAGAAAUAUCGGCAGGGAAAUUUUUUUUGAUAUGCCAGUGCAGAAACGGCGUAAUGAGAAUUAUAAAAUUUCUGCACUGUGCAGUCAGUUUUUUUUUGCCAAAGCGUGUAGAAGAAAGAAAAAAUUUUGGUUGAAAUACUUGUAAAUCAGUUCUUAGUAGUCCUAAAGUUGUGAGUGAGGUAGUCUUCAUUGUUUUUGGACAUAUCCGACCAUCACAAAUUUGUAUUUUUACUUUUGCACAGUGCAAAAAAAAAUUUUUACAACUUGUUGUUUUUAAGGGGAGGAAUGAAAAAAAUGAUAAACGUUUUGAGUGAUAGUACUUUUUUAUGUGGAGAAUAUUCAUUUUUGAGAUUUCUUGGGCAUUAUUUUAUGUUAACAUUGGCUUUUCUUGACAUUAAAAAGAAUUAGUAGUUCUUAGCGAAAAUUAAACUUUUCUGUAGCGGAUUGCAGUCAAAAUGACGUAAUAUGCCUUUCACAUUACGACAAAACAAUUUUUCUGUCUUUCAGUGCGCUCUGGGAGAUGCAUUCCGUUGCUCUUCAUGCCCAUACAAGGGCCUCCCGCCCUUCAAGCCGGGCGACAAAGUCCUCCUCAACGACAUUGACGACUUGUAG